AUGGUUAUUUCCCCGCGUGAGUGUGAGUCCGUGCGCGUGCGUGAGAGAGAGAGCCGCCGUGGGAAGGACUCUGCGCGCUUCCACCGGCACCAGAGUUGGGGCUGCACCUGCAACGCUCCUUCCCUCUGCGAAGCUGCUAGCGGCAAAGGGGUGGCUGCUGCUCCCGGUGGUGGAGAAGCGAACGGAUUUCAUAGCUGGCUUGGCCUUGUGAAGCUGGGAAUUCACUGUGUCACGUGCCAGAAAGUGGCCAUCAAAAUCGUCAACCGGGAGAAGCUCAGCGAGUCUGUGCUGAUGAAGGUGGAGCGGGAGAUCGCCAUCCUGAAGCUCAUCGAACACCCUCACGUCCUGAAGCUACACGACGUUUAUGAAAACAAAAAAUAUUUAUACCUGGUGCUAGAACACGUGUCUGGUGGGGAGCUCUUCGACUACCUUGUCAAGAAGGGGAGGCUGACCCCCAAAGAGGCCCGGAAGUUCUUCCGGCAGAUCAUCUCCGCGCUGGACUUCUGCCACAGCCACUCUAUAUGCCACAGGGACCUGAAGCCGGAAAACCUGCUCCUGGACGAGAAAAACAACAUCCGGAUCGCCGACUUCGGCAUGGCCUCGCUGCAGGUUGGCGACAGCCUGCUGGAGACCAGCUGCGGAUCCCCCCACUACGCCUGCCCCGAGGUGAUCCGGGGGGAGAAGUAUGACGGCCGCAAGGCAGACGUGUGGAGCUGCGGCGUGAUCCUGUUCGCCCUGUUGGUGGGGGCGCUGCCCUUCGACGACGACAACCUGAGGCAGCUGCUGGAGAAGGUGAAGCGAGGCGUGUUUCACAUGCCGCACUUCAUCCCGCCCGACUGCCAGAGCCUGCUGCGCGGCAUGAUCGAGGUGGACGCCGCCCGGCGCCUCACGCUAGAGCACAUUCAGAAACACAUAUGGUAUAUAGGGGGCAAGAACGAGCCAGAGCCAGAGCAGCCCAUCCCCCGCAAGGUGCAGAUCCGUUCGCUGCCCAGCCUGGAGGACAUUGACCCCGACGUGCUGGACAGCAUGCACUCGCUGGGCUGCUUCCGGGACCGCAACAAGCUGCUGCAGGACCUGCUGUCCGAGGAGGAAAACCAGGAGAAGAUGAUUUAUUUCCUCCUCCUGGACCGGAAAGAAAGGUACCCGAGCCAUGAGGAUGAGGACCUGCCCCCCAGAAAUGAAAUAGACCCUCCCCGGAAGCGUGUGGACUCCCCAAUGCUGAACCGGCACGGCAAACGGCGGCCUGAACGCAAGUCCAUGGAGGUGCUCAGCGUGACAGAUGGUGGCUCCCCAGUGCCCGCGCGGCGGGCCAUCGAGAUGGCCCAGCAUGGCCAGAGUAAAGCAAUGUUCAGUAAAAGCCUGGAUAUCGCUGAAGCCCACCCCCAAUUCAGCAAAGAAGACAGGUCCAGGUCCAUCAGCGGCGCCUCCUCGGGCCUGUCCACCAGCCCGCUGAGCAGCCCCCGGGUGACCCCUCACCCCUCUCCAAGGGGUAGUCCCCUCCCCACCCCUAAGGGGACGCCCGUGCACACGCCCAAGGAGAGCCCGGCGGGCACGCCCAACCCCACACCACCGUCCAGCCCCAGCGUCGGAGGGGUGCCCUGGAGGACGCGGCUCAACUCCAUCAAGAACAGUUUCCUGGGGUCACCCCGCUUCCACCGCCGGAAACUGCAAGUUCCGACACCCGAGGAGAUGUCCAACCUGACCCCGGAAUCAUCUCCAGAGCUCGCCAAGAAGUCCUGGUUUGGGAACUUCAUCAACCUGGAGAAGGAGGAGCAGAUCUUCGUGGUCAUCAAGGACAAGCCCCUGAGCUCCAUCAAAGCGGACAUUGUCCACGCCUUCCUGUCGAUCCCCAGCCUCAGCCACAGCGUCAUCUCCCAGACGAGCUUCCGGGCCGAGUAUAAGGCCACGGGGGGCCCGGCUGUGUUCCAGAAGCCAGUCAAGUUCCAGGUGGACAUCACCUACACGGAGGGCGGGGCGGCGCAGAAGGAGAACGGCAUCUAUUCCGUCACGUUCACGCUCCUGUCAGGCCCCAGCCGCCGCUUCAAGAGGGUCGUGGAGACCAUUCAGACCCAGCUACUGAGCACACAUGACCAGCCCUCUGCCCAGCAUUUGUCAGACACCACUAACUGUAUGGAAAUGAUGACGGGGAGGCUUUCCAAAUGUGACGAGAAGAACGGGCAGGCGGCCCAGGCCCCCAGCACGCCCGCCAAGCGGAGUGCCCACGGCCCCCUCGGUGACUCCGCGGCCGCUGGCCCCGGCCCUGGAGGGGACGCCGAGCACCCGACGGCCAAGGACACGGCCAGGACAGGGCCGCCCGCCGCCCGGCUGCCCGGCCUCCUGUCAUACGGGAGCACCUGGGAGCCCAUCUACCACACAGCCCUGAGGAUGGGCGAGGAGCACUCCCAGGCCUCCCACGCAGGCACUCUCGCCCCGUAUGUGAAGAUCAGGCAGAGCGUGGCCACUGGGCGUGGCAGCAGGGCUUGA